GUGAGACUGGUGGCGCUGAGAAGGAGAGCAGCUCCGGUUUGAUUGGAGGAAGUAAACACAUCAACAAAGAAAGAUGACCGAAGUGAUAGAGCUGCAUAAGCUUAAGCUUGCUGAACUGAGGCAGGAAUGUGAUGCCCGAGGUUUGGAGACCAAGGGAAACAAAGGGGAGCUCAUCGCCCGACUCCAAGCCUAUCUGGACGAACAUGUACUCCAAACAACAGAGGAAGAUGUGGACGUAGAUGAUGUGCUUGCAGAGGAUGCAGCGGACUUCACUAAAGUUGAGAGUUCCAACAACGUAAAAGAAGACAAAGACUCUGAAAUGACCGAGCCCGAGCCACCUGCUGAGAAGAAGGUGGUGAAAAUAGCUCCUCCAUUAUCUGCCAGCGAGCGACUUCAGAAGAGAGCCGAGCGUUUCAACCUGCCAGCUUCAUCUGAAAGCAAGAAGGCCAUACGUGCAGCAAGGUUUGGCUUACCCGCUACUUCAAGUCCCUCCCCAGGUGUCGUUGCAGACAGUAAAGCUGUGAACGUCGAUCAGCUGAAGAAGAGAGCAGAAAGAUUUGGCGUGAACGUCUCAUCUAUUUCUCAGAAGAUUGAAGAGGAUGAAAAGCUGAUGAAGAGGAAGGAGAGGUUUGGGAUCCUGACAAGUGCUGGUUCAGUCGGCGGAGAAGACGUUGAGGCAAAGAAAAUGAAGCGAGCAGAAAGAUUUGGAAAAGUGUAAAUAAAGUUGGAAGGGUUUUUUUUUUUUUUUGUUGUUGUUUUUUGCAAAGGCUUUUUGUGACUGUACACCUGAAGGUGACAAAUAGGAUUCCUUAAAAUCAAAAGUACAGUUAAAUAUAAUGAUAAAUGGGGUUGUUGCAUUAAUUCAGCUGUUUGGGAAAACGCUGUUUUUUUUUAAAUUGAACCUCAAGUCCAAGAAGGCCAUUUUCUGUGUCCUGUGAGACUUUUAAGAUCAUGAUUUACAGUUUUUCUAGCUUGUUUUUGUUUUUGUUUUUUGUCAGAAUUAGAGGAACAGUUUGAGCUUCUAAAUAAUCCAGAAGUUUCUCUCUGUUUUAAGGUUUUUGCUCAUUUUUGCAGCAGUAAUACUGUAAGUGUAUAUCAAGCAAAUAAAUUAAGAAGCAGCUGCUUUACAGUAAAAGCUGAUUUUUAAUUUUCCUUCAUGUAUUAAUUAAUCAUCAUGUAUUAAGAUAAACUGCCUGAUCAAAUUUGACAUUUGGAUGCUUUUUUCACGCUGUUUCAGUUAUGACAAACCAUGGAAGUGAUGACAGAUUAAAACACAAAACAAUGGUUGAAGAGGAAGAAACUAUAUUUCUGAUUAUUGACUGUAAUUUGUUCUCACUGUGUAUUUAACUGUACUUUUGAUUAUUGAGGGGGUGGGGGUGGGGAUCACUGGU